CCCAGAGAAAUCUUGAACAAGGAGGUGGGCGCCAGGGUUCUGCCACACACAUCUUGAUUCCCGCAGCCACCUGCAUUUUCCUGGAGACAGCAAGCACCGAGCGAGGCAGGAGCAUGUGGCUGGGCCCAGGUCUGCUCCUUCUCUGCCUGAGAGGCUGCUUCUCUCUGACGGGCCCUGGCUCUGUGUCUGGCUAUGAGGGAGGCUCUCUCCAUGUACAGUGUCAAUAUGGAGAGUCAUACAAGAACCACAUGAAAUACUGGUGUCGAGGACCAUACGACACAGAAUGUGAAACUCUCGUGGAAAUCACAGGAAACGGGGAGGAAAAGAAGAAUGGCCGAGUGUCCAUCAGAGACCAUGCUGAGAACUUCACUAUGACAGUGACCAUGGAGGACCUCAGCCUAGAUGAUGCUGGAUCUUACUGGUGCAAGAUUCAAACUUACUUUAUCUGGGAUUCAUGGUCACGUGACCCAGCGGUCCUUGUAAAGGUACAUGUUUUUCCAGCCCCAACUACCGUGGAGACCACACCCCCAGCUACAACUCCCAUUCUCCCACUAGUGAACGCUGGACACCUGAGGGUUAGCAUCAUUGAGGUGUUCCUCCUCCAAGUAUGGUCCCUGCUCAGCAGCAUCCACUUCCAGGUCCUGGUCUUCCUGAAGCUACCACUGUUUCUGAGCAUGCUCUGUGCUGUCUUCUGGGUGAACAGGCUUCAGAAGAUCCCUGGGGGAAAUUUAGAAUGAGCUACCCAAGAGCUAUGGAGUAAAACACCCCAGGAAUGCCCUGGGGGGGACUCAGCCCUGACUCUGCAUAGAGGCAGCAGUGUUUGGAUUCUGGACUUCACUAUUUCCACAUCUCAAGGGAGGAUCUUGAUUACCUGUGAGUCUUAAGAUAUCAGACUCCCAUGGAGUCCUCAGUGUUAAAGAGGGAACAAGGCUGGCAGUAAUGGCACACACAUUUAAUUCCAGUGCUGGAGAGAUGGAGGUAGGUGAGGCUCUGCGUGUUCAAGGCCAGCUUGGUCUACAUAGUGAGUUCCAGGACAGCCAGGGCUACAUAAUGAGACAGUCUCAAACACCCCCCACCAUUCCCAAAAAGGGAACAAGACUUCCCUGGGCCCCAUGUUGGAGGUCCCCCUUUCCCUUCUCCAGAUUUCUUGGAUUCUGCUCUAAUGUCAGCUCCAAAGGGUAAGAAUCCUCUAGAAGGUUCUUGAACACAAGCCUAGCCCCUUGAUCACUGUGACAUAAAACCAUCUCAGGUCAUUGUCUCCAAUGGCAACAAUCACCUCCUUCCUAUAGAGAAGAGGUUCCCUGAGGAACAUGUUUCUUAUAGACUUGGAUCCUGGGUCAUGUUCUCUCUUCUAGAACAAUCCCAGAGAAUUUGGUUUCUGUCUGAGCAUCUUCACUGCCCACUCUUCCAAACCCAUAGCAUUCUUUUAUCUUAUCUGAUCCUUUUAGCUCACCAUGAUCUUGAGGUCUCCUUAUGUCCCCAUGACCAGCGAGCAUGUGUCCGAGCAUGUGCUUGGCUGGACUGAAAACAGCUUGAAAGUGAAGCUCAGUGUCUCUUUUAGUUUUCAGAUCAGCAGUAGAGAAAGAGGCAGUGAGUGCCAUGAAAUAUUCUAUAUUUCUUGGGGUCUUCUGUGCAUAGUGUUAACUGAGGGUCCAUCUUUGUGCACUUUAGAACCUGGCGGAGUCCAUUUUGGGGAGAAAAGGAGAGAUCUAGAGACAGGUGUGGGGCCAGUAGUGAGGAGAUAUCAUAUCGUCUGGGCAUCCACUGGACUUCCUCAGCUUAGAAUAUGGCCAAUUUGUUGACUGCUUGCCAGUUUCUUCCUUAAUUCUCUUUGCAGGGGACCUCACAGACUUAGCCACAGCAUCAGCAUCUCCAUCCUUGAUGAUCUUUCCAGGGGGCCCCACAGGGUUAGCCACAGCAUCACCAUCUCCAUCUCCAUUCAUUCCAGACACUCAGAUCAGAUCUUUCUCUCCACCCUCAGGCUCAAGCCUGCCUUGAACUAGUGAUGUUUAUUUCCACAGAGAGGACACAUUUGUAGGAGCACCAUAAGUGGAUGUAAAGACCCAGGGAGUAACCUCACAAUGAUAUUUCUCCAUGGAGCCUCUACCCACUGACAGACUACACCACAGAAGUAGUUUCUUAGGGUGAGGCAUGUCUGUCAGCCCAGCAUGAUGAUGCUUUUCUUCUAGCAGUUCAAAUGGAGUGUGUGGAUUCAGCAUCAAAUCUUGCUUACAUUUUUUCUAAACAUUGGAUACACUUGAGCAUACCGAGAUCCUGGAUGUAAUAGAGGAGAGUUUGCCUAGCAGGUGAUGCAAUGUCUUCAAAGAAGAGUCAAAGAGCAAAGGGCCUAAGUCUGUAGAUGGGAGUAACUGACGGGUGUGGGAAAAAGAGGGGCAGGCUUGGGUGAUGCACAAGCUAGUGACUGUAUUAUCAGACAGAGGGUGUCAACUAGGAGCUUAGAGGUGUGAGCUAGCAGAAUAUUGAGGGCUGGAGAGGAAGGAACAGGGAGAGAUUAGCUGGUGCAACCAGAGGUAGGUAAAAUUACCAGGUGAGCAUUCAGGACCAAGAACAGGGCUCUGGAUGUGUGGUGAAGCAACUGAGGUAAGCAUUCAGCACCAAGGACAGAGACCACGAGGCUCAGCACCAACCAUGUUUCAAGAGGGAAGGUGAUGUAAAAAGGCAGAACUGAGUUAGGAUGAAGAGGACACUGAACUUGACAUGCAGAGUCAGUGGAACCUCUAGAUACCUAGUACCUAUAGUGCACAGGGUCCUAUGAACCUUUCUGCCAGCUUCCCCUAGUGGUGGUGUACUGUAUAUGUGUGUGUGGAGAGAGAGAGACAGAGAGAGAGAGGGAGGGGAGAAGAGGGAG